CAAAAAUCAAAGUUUUUUGAACUAUGUUGUGUUAUAAUAUCAAAUGAAAGAGCUUUUUAUAACUAUCUAUAAAAAAAAUGUGUCAAGUAAUUUAAGAAAAUAGGCGAAAAAUUACCACUAAUGAAAUUAUCCAAUCAAACUCAAAUAACAUGAUCAAAGUGUAAGAUUUUAAGAAAAGUAAUCAUAUAAGGUCUGGUAAAUUAAUUUACCUAUCCAUACUAUAAAAAGGUGACUUGGUCAGUAAAAUGGUGACUUUUAGGGAAACUAAAUGUGACUUGUGAGUUCAGGGCCCUGGCAACACUGCUUUCUUUCAUUUUUCCUUUUCGGCCCAUGCGCUGAAUGGUGGCUUGGUCGCUUGCAUCGGCACCGGUGUAUUUUCUUUGGUGAUGUGAGCAAUUAGUAAAGCAAGGGAAAUUUCUCGUAUUUGGCGUCAACAUUCAGUGAUCAGGUAAGUCAAGAUGAUAUUUUUGGCUACCACGAAUGUUAUUUUAAGUAUCUAUAUAGUGUGCUCUGUUAUGAUUUCUGCGUAAUGAGUAAUCAAUGAUAUAUUAUGGUGCCUUCAUUUAAGUUGUAAUGAAUAACAUUAAGGUGGAAAUACAUUAUUACACGCCACAUGACGCGAAUCAAAUUGCAGUUUUUUGCUAUUCACAUGUACAUCCGACGCGUCACCUUGCUCCGUACAAUCGCGUGUGCACGUUUAAUACAUGGCGGUCAUGGGCGUCAUGGCGUCGCGUGUUAAUAAUGUGUUUUCGACUAUAUUAACGGGUUUUUUCGGUUUUAGUGUGUGAUACAUGACAAUAACCUCUAACAAUACAAUAGUGUGGGUCUACACAGCGAGGCACGUCCCUUAUUUUCUGUGUAGCGGCAUGUAUAGCGUCGUUGAGUUUGCUGAAGAAUGGCUGACACCCGGGAAGCAGCGAUGUCUGUGGCCGCCCCAAAAAUUGAUGACCAAGUUUGCAGCCAAUGAUGAUGAUUAUGAGGCUUAUACUGGUGAAAAAAAUAGGACUUAUCGGAAGCAAGUAACUUCUUCGGUGCAAUCUACACCUGUUAGCUCAAAAUCCCAAAAGCAACACUCUAGGCCGGUAUAUACAGAACUGAACAAAAGUGAUGAUGAUACAGAUCUGAGCAAACGUGAAGAUUUCAAGGAAAGCUCUGCAAAGACUACAGACAGUGAAAUGUCACAGCUUCUGCAAAGUCCAAGUGGCCUGGAUAACCUAGACUUUACAAUAACACCAUUUUUUAUAAAUGAGAAGCCAAAUUCACAAGCCUUAGAUGUCAUAGCUAAGCACUUAGCUCGAAUUGAAGCUGACUUGAAAGAGAUGCAAAUCGCACAGAAUGAAAUAUUAAAUAGGGUGCGAUCAUCUUCUGUCUCGAUGGAACAUUCACUGCCAGGGGAAAGAACAUUGCCAUGUGAGGACAGCAAGGAUUUGAUUGAUACUGAAAAGUGGAUAAAUGCAGCUCCCGAGAACAGAAAACUUUUGACGCAGUGCGGUUGAACCAGGUUGCAACCAACGCUACUGAUGCUGUGAUACAAGAAAUAAUUCAGAUGAAUAUGGCUACAUAGUUCUUCCAAUAUAUACACCUUCUUGUUGACACUUCUCACAAGCGCGCAAGGAAUUGUGGGAUUUGAUACAUUUUAUAAAUGCCCUAGCUGGUGCAUCUGCUAUUAUACAACUUACUUGAAAUUCAAACUUUACUCCAUUAACAUAUAAACCAUUCUGCUCUAACCGUAAACAUUCUUCUACAAAGGGACGCAGAAAUACAGCAGCAUUGUUGGGCUUUGAUUCCCCGUAAUAAAGUGCUACAAUAAAUAGCUGCUUGUCGGGAGAUUGAUCUAAACCACCUCUGUGUUACUGAUAAAAUGAAUAUUCUCUUUGUGUCAUUUUUCGUUGCAUGAACGGUUUUUAGAUGUUGUGCCUUUAGAAGCUCUUUCUACUAGAUAUAUUUCAAGGCCAAAGUAUACAUAUCUAUGAACCACCAGCACAAUCUGUAACGUUUACAUUACGCGGCGUUUCUAAUAACGUUCGUGCAUCCCUCGGUGAAGAAGAAUGACAAGGUUGCAACUUUUUUAGCAAAUCGUUUAGAGCAGAGUGACCUAAAUUAUGUUUCUUAGACCACAAUACAAGAAAAGAAUUAAUAUUAUCAUCUGAAUCAGAUGGAACAUCAAUAUCUCUUAAGGGUUCUUUGGUAUAGUAAUCAAUUGGAAUAUUUGAAUUAAAAGCUACGUCAAUUGUACCGUAAUGAUCUGCACUUAAGAGUGAUUCAUGUUCAGUAUUGGAAAGAGAAGUGAGUAAACGUAACUCUUGUUUGAUUUGUAUUGUCUUACGAGCUAGACUUCGUUUUUUUUUAUUUUUUUUGUAACAGCGGGUUUGCUACUGCUUGGCUCUUCGGGCUUCCCGUCCUCCAUUGCGGUCCUUAGUGAAUCUGAACCAAUUUCAUAUUAUCUCUUAGAACCGAAAUUGGAUUUGUUAAUCAGGAAUAUGAAGACCAUCAGAUUUUAAAAAGUAUA